AUGGUCCACUCCUUUGCUUUCGUCCUUCUUUUUCUACUCCCCUCGUCCGCUUUCGCAAGCCGGCAUGAUCACCGACAAAACCACAACCACGAACACGUCUCGGCACGACAACUUCCCGGCUCAUGGUUCCACAGAGAUGACCACCCAGUGCGCGCACUCUUCCGACGCGCGGACGCGACAGAUGGGGUUGCCUAUCCUGCAGUGGGCUCCCAGGAAUGGAAAUCUGCUUAUCCAUCUCAAUGGGGGCCGCCUGCGAAGAUUCCAGACACAUGGGCGGCAGCUCUGAAGGCCGCGAUUGAGCGCAAGGCAAUUCCAGACAUCCCAGUAGCCCAGGUGGACAAAAAUGCUCCAGACGGUGGUGGGACCCCAGCAUAUCCCAAAGAAUUUGACCCAAAUGGACCUAUCGUUUGCUCCGCGACCUACAAGUGUCGUAUACCAGGCGAUAUUUGGGACGCCCCAGACGGGCAGUUGGCGUUGAGUUUUGAUGAUGGGCCCACACAAGCCUCCGAUGAGCUGCUGGACUUCCUCAUUGCCAAUAAACAAACCGCUACCCAUUUCAUGAUUGGAAGCAACCUGCUCGACAACCCUAAACAGUUCUUGAAAACUUUCAGCACGAAUGGGGACAUUGCCGUCCACACAUGGAGCCACCAAUACACCACCACCUUAUCAAACGAACAGGUCGUUGCUGAGCUCGGCUGGACAAUGCAGCUUAUUCACGACUCGACUGGUGGCCGCGUUCCCCGAUAUUGGCGCCCGCCUUAUGGCGAUAGCGAUUGCCGAACGCGUGCGAUUGCCAAAGAGGUGUUUGGCCUCACGACCGUCAUCUGGAAUCAAGAUACGGCCGACUGGAGUCUGGCAAGCACCCCGCCAGGCACGACUCUUGCGAAAAUCAACGCGAGCAUGACCGAAUGGCUCAAAACCAAGUCACCUGGAUUGGUCAUUCUUGAACACGAAACGUCGAGCCUGAGUGUGCAAGCAUUCAAGGCUGCCUACCCCGUCAUGAAGGAAACGCAAUGGAAAGUCGUUUCCUUGUCGCAGAUGUUCGGCAAUGGGACUGGUUACUGGAAUGCCGCGGACAACCUGAGCCCCGUCAAACCCGUUGUUAAUCUUGUGGAUGCCACGAAAGCAAAUGCCGGCCCAGUCUCGUCUUCUUCGCGGCCCGCUGCUUCGACACCCACGGGCCAGGUCUUCAAUAACAACAAGAACGCUAGCCCGAGUAGCAAACCGUCGCCGUCACCCUCUGCGAAGAGUAGUGCAACGCUCCAAACCGUUUCCCCGAGGACAAUUUUACUUUCACUGUUUUUUGUUUCUCUCUUCGCAUAG